AUGCCCCCCGUAGAUCCAGAUGGCAGUGAGCAUCUUCAAUGCACAGUGUUUGGCAUCGCAAUAAAGACUUGCUUGUUGAUCAGCGGCUGGACCUCUCAACGCGACUAUCGCGACAUCUUCCGACGCUCCAACAACACCAUGAAUCAAGGCAUCCAGCGCCCACUACUCCGCUUCUCUUUGUCUCUCCCGCCUGCCCAGGGCGACCCCAGAUUCCAGAACGCGUCACCACCAAUUCCCAGCCAAGCUUUCUGCCCAUGUCUACUCAAUCUCGCUGACCGCGCCGCACCUUGGGUAGUGCAGCUUACUCUGUGGGCCACCGCUUCUUCUCCGAUUUGCCUGCCUCUAUCGUUCACUUUCCUUUCUGUUGCAGCGCUAGCGACUCUGCGCUCUCCGGUAGAGACUGUUGCCGGUCAGACAUGA